CGCAGAUGCAACAGAUGAUACCGCGGGCGACCAUAACUUAGCUUUACCUCAAACACGAAUACAGGAUAUUACAAUCACGUUGCCAAGUUUGGUUGUUCACAUUCCUCGUAUGGAAAACCCACAGUUUAACCGUUUUACCGCUGCCAGUUACAUACAGAAUCGCAAUUCCAAGAUCAACAGUCCAUCGUGAGUCGUCAUUGAAGUAGCAUGAGCAUUUUUUCUUCAGAGACGUAUUAUUAUUUUUUGUGACUGCAUAAUUAGUCACGUGCGCAGUAGAGAACAAUUGUUACGUCAUUUCCGAGUGGAGUUUUUGUUCAGUGAAUUUGAUACGUUUUAUUAAAACAAAAAUAGUGUGGCGAUCGAAUUAAAAAAAUCUUGACUCUACAAAUCAGCUUAUUCGGAAUAAUAAAAUGAGUGAUGAUCAUCCAGUUAAUUGGAACUAAUUGAAGUACUACUUUUUCCACCUCGAGCAUUCAAAUAAAUUUUUCUGUAUUUUUUGAUAAAUAAUAUAGGCCAAGAAAUGGAUUUAACAAUUUUUGAGUUCGGUCUGAUUAUAAUCGGUCUUUUAUCAGCUCUUUAUUAUUAUCUUGUAUCGACUUACGAUUACUGGGAAUCUCGCGGAGCUCGAGGACCGAAACCGAUCAUUUUUUUUGGUACCAUUAAGGAUUUAAUGUUGAAUAAAUGUUCAAUGGGCGAUUAUGUAACAAAUGUUUACAAUGAAUGGAAGAACGAACCUUAUGUCGGAGUAUUUUUACGUCGUCAACCGGUACUCAUCCUUAACGAUCUCGAUCUCAUCAAGGAUGUUCUAAUAAAAGACUUUAAUACAUUCGCUGAGCGCACUCUAGAGAUUCACGAAAAAAUAGAGCCCUUGUCGGCUCAUCUCUUCAAUCUCGAGGCAAAAAGAUGGCGACCUUUGAGACAUCAAUUAACACCGGUUUUCACUUCUGGAAAACUGAAACAAAUGUUUUACCUACUCAUUGAAUGCGCCGAUCACCUCGAAAAAUAUUUAGAUGAUCUGGUUGAUUCGACCAAAACCAAUGAAAUGAUCAUCGAAUUUCGUGACUUUACGGCUAAAUUUACAACCGAUGUCAUUGGCGUUUGUGCCUUCGGACUUCAAAUGAACGCAAUAGCAGAUGAGAACAGUACUUUCCGAUCCAUGGGUAAACGCAUUUUCGCCAACAAUUGGAAGACACUAAUGCUAUUUCGCUUGAGAACUAUAGCGCCGCAGUUGUUUGAAAUUUUCGGACGAUUUCUUGUUGACAAAGAGAUGUCUGAUUUCUACAUUAAUACGAUGACACAAACGAUGGAUUAUCGAAAAAAAAAUGGUAUCGUUAAACACGAUUUCAUCGAUCUUCUUAUGGUGCUGAGAGACCAUCCUGAGAAAGUGACAGACAUCGAAUUAAAUGAUGGUCUUCUAGCAGCUCAGCUCUUCGUAUUUUUCGUCGCUGGUUUCGAGACGUCUUCUAGUGCAAUAAGUCAUGCCUUAUACGAGCUUGCUCUCAAUCCGGAAGUCCAGGAAAAGUUAAGACAAGAAAUAAAACACAAAAUGAACGAAACAGGAAACAAAAUUGAUUAUGAUAUGAUCAAAUCGAUGAAAUACUUGGACAUGGUUUUCCAAGAAACACUCAGGAAAUAUCCACCGGUCACUUUUCUUAUGCGGAAAUCUAUCGAACCUUACACUUUCCAUGAUUCUUCGAACAAUAAAUUGUUGACAAUCAAAAAAGGCGAAAGUAUUUGGAUACCGAACUAUGCGAUUCAACACGAUCAUCGAUAUUUCCCCGAACCCGAAGUUUUUGAUCCCGAAAGAUUUACCGAAGAAGCUAUCAAAUCUCGCCACUCAAUGAUCUAUUUGCCUUUUGGAGAUGGUCCGAGAAAUUGUAUCGGCAAACGCUUUGGUGUGAUGCAGACAAAAGUUGGACUGAUCAAAAUUUUGCAUCACUACAGUGUAGAAACCUGCGAAAAAACGACUAUACCUUACGAAAGUGAUCCUAAGGCAUUCCUAUUGUCGCCAAAAAAUGGCAUUCACCUAAAAAUCGUCAGAGACGCUCUCAGUACUGAUCUCUAGAUAAACUAGCCUGGACAUUCCAAUCGGGACUGAGAUCAACGGACCGUUCAGAGGCACCCAAAAAGUUUUUUAUUGUUGGAUUUUGGAAGAUGUGGUCUAAUCUGACUAGGUUAUUUAGAAUAAAUUACUUGAAAAAAAUUUUUUUUUGUAUACGCUCCGAAUACGAAUAAAAUAAACUCCCGAGUCAUGUUAGCCUCGGAUCAAGUUAUGGCCUGGCUGAACUGAUCUCUCGAUGGACUAUUCGUAUUCAGUCGUAUUUUAGAUUACAUAUGCAUUUGUUCAGAACUUUUCUACUAACAUUGUAAUAUUUUGUAAUAAAGAGAUAUUUCUGGAUGUUCAA